CGCCCCCCCACUCUCCCCAAAAGUGCGACAUUCCUCCCUUCCUUCUUCCCUCGGAGCAGCUGCGGGCUUCCGAGUCAACCGGAGCGCGUCCACGUUUGCAGCUCACACAUCCGUGCGCCGAUCCGAGCUGCGAGGCCUCCAUUUUCAAUUAACAGCCCGAUUAUUAUUAUUCUAAUUAUUGUCUUCAAGUGUUGCUGCUGUUGUUGUAAGAAGAAUGUUUUCCUGUUGCAUCGUGCCCGUGCUGCUGCUGGUGCGUUGGGCGGGUUGCAACCCGAGCCCGCUCGGAGAUGUAGUCGUGGUCAGACACUUUCUCCCCCCGACGUGCACGCGGCGAGCCCAAGACGGAGAUCAGGUUCGCUAUCACUACAACGCCACUUUCGUCGACGGCAAAACUUUCGAUUCCAGCCACCAGCGAGGGGCCGCCAAGGUGGGCCUCCUCGGGGAGGGUCGCCUGAUCGCCGGCAUCGAGAAAGGUUUGCUGGGCAUGUGCGUGAACGAGCGCCGCACCGUCACCGUCCCGCCGCACCUGGCCUACGGCAGCAGCGGGGCAGGUGACGUCAUCCCUCCGGACGCCACGCUGGUCUUCGACGUCCUUCUGCUGGAUUUGUGGAACAAAGCGGACCUGGUGGUCACCAACACCAUCAGCACCCCCAAAGACUGCAAGCGCUCGGUGAUGCGCGGCGACUUCGUGCGUUACCACUACAACGGCAGCCUGCUGGACGGCGCCGCCUUUGAUUCCAGCUACGUGCGGAAGCAGACGCGCGACUCCUUGGUGGGCGAGGGCUGGCUGGUCAAGGGCAUGGAUGAGGGCCUGCUGGGCAUGUGCGUGGGGGAAAUCCGGAAUAUCGUCAUCCCGCCAUUUAAAGGCUACGGCGAAAAAGGCUCAGGCGUGGAGGUCCCCCCCCACGCCACUCUGGUGUUCGAUGUCCUGUUGGUGGACGUCCACAACCCCAAAGACAACAUCACCGUUGAGGAGCAGGUAGUGCCCGAGUCGUGCAGUCGCAAGUCCGUGGCGGGAGAUUACGUCCGCUACCACUACAACGGAACCUUCCUGAACGGCGUCACCUUCGACACCAGUUACCAGAGGAACAGCACGUACAACACUUACAUCGGGAUGGGCUACGUGAUCGCAGGGAUGGACCAGGCCCUGCUGGGGGUCUGCAUGGGCGAGCGAAGGAGGGUCAUCAUCCCGCCGCAUCUGGCGUACGGACAAGGCGGAGCAGGCAACGUGAUCCCGCCGUCCGCCGUGCUCGUCUUUGACAUCCACGUCAUCGACUUCCACAACCCGAGCGACAAAGUGGACGUACAGAUCCUCCACCGGCCGCAAGCGUGCAACGAGACCACCGAGGAGGACGAUCUGGUCCACUACCACUACAACUGCACCCUGGUGGACGGGACGCGCCUCUUCUCCUCACACGACUACGAGAACCUCCAGGACGCGGUGCUGGGCUCGGACAAGGUGAUCGACGGGCUGGACCGGGCCUUGCGGGGCAUGUGCGAGGGCGAGAUGCGGCUGGUCACCAUACCGCCUCACUUGGGUCACGGAGAAAAAGGAGCCCCGGGCGUGCCGAGCAGCGCCGUGCUGGUGUUCGACAUCGAGAUGGUGCGCUUGCAAAAGGGCGUGCCGCCGGGUUACCUGUUCGUGUGGCUGCAGGACACGCCCGAAGAUCUGUUCCAGGCCAUGGACGUCAACAAGGACGCGGUCGUGCCCGAGGAAGAGUUCGCCGACUUUAUCAAGCUUCAGGUGUCUGAGGGCAAAGGUCGCCUGAGGCCCGGGACGGCCGCGGAUCAGGUGAUCGCCGACAUGUUCGCCAACCAGGACCGCAACAAGGACGGACGCAUCACGGCCGAAGAGCUCAAGCUGAAGGUGGACGAGGACAAGGAGCGGGCGGAGCACGACGAGCUGUGAUCGAUCGGUCGGUCGGCCGCCGUCGUCGCCUUUCCUGUUGUUGUUGUCUCAGGGACAAACGUCAACACUUUAAGGACACAUUCACAAUAGACUGUUUUUUCUUGUUUUUGUAAUGUUUGUCUUAUUCUGUGUUUGUACGGCUUCUUUUUUUGGGGGGCGGAAGGGGGACGAGACAAACAAGCACCCUGAAAGUCACGUGAUUUGAAAUGUCAUUUUACAGCCACACUUUAAACUUCAAAUAAUACUGCAAUGUCUCAUUGGUAUUAAACAUAACACACACAAAAAAGUGUCCAUCUCAAUGUGGCAUUACAAUCAAUAAGGUUGCACUGACCAAAGCAACACGCUUUUGUUUUUGUGUUAGAAGUGUUUAAAAAUAUAUAUAUAGAUAUAUAUAUAUUUUUUUUUAGAUGCAUAGUUUUAAAUUAUGAACAUGAGACUACAAGACUCCUUAGUGCUCUGUUUUCCAUAGUUGUUUUUUUUAAAAUACAAAUGAAAUUCAAGUUUGCAAUAAAUGGCAACUGU